AUGAACCUUUCCGACGUAUUCCAACUUUUUCCGUUCAUGAAAAAACGACAAAAUUUCCUGAUAUCCAGUGGACGGAUCCUCACCGGAUCACACACUGUACUUUCCGACGCGAUCCUCCCAAACUCUUCACAAGGAACCAUCAAACUUUCCUUCAAUUCCGAUCAACCAACAUCGCCGGAUACUGCCUAUAAAGCUUCCUACAAAAACCGAAGACUUCCUCACACCGGAAGUUCCCAAACCCUGUUAUUCUCGAUAACCGGAUCCUCCGAGAAAGCCUCGACCAACACUUCCGCAAAAAUCCGCUAUUUUCCAGCGUCGACUCCCUCGGAAGCGUCGCGUUCCGACCGCACACGACGCCUGGGAACGUUAACCACCGGUUCCGCUCCUUUCAUCACAACUUCCGACGAAAUCCACAACAACAAACCCCCACUUCCGCUCGCAACUACCCAGGAAACCAAACAACUCUACAGAACCAAACCAUUCAAACCAUCUCGCAAUAAAACAAUCCGAACAAUCCACCUAAUUUCGCAUAUUCGCACCAUAUUCCCCUACGAUCCGGCUCAACAUUGCACAAAAAUACUUCGAAGUACUUCCAACAUAUUCCAUACGUACAAGUCUUAUUUAGCAGGGAAGUACUUCGAAGUACUUCCAACAUAUUCUAUACGUACAAGUCUUAUUUAG